CACGCUGUUCUGUGUGUUAUCUUAAACACAAAGAAGAGCCCUGACACAAACAAGAGCAAUUAUGGCAGCCCAGUCAGUGAGGAUGGCAACUUCGACUCUCUGCAAUCUGAAUGGGUCACAGAAGAGACAGGCCAUGUUGAGUCCAGUUUGGUACAUGGGUGCUCGACCAAAACCCUCUAAUGCUACCGCUACUUCGUCUUCUCACUCUCAUUUCUUUCAGAGUUCCAGAACAAACGUCAGUUCAUCAAAGCUCUACCAUUUGCAUCACAAGACUCCAAGAAACUUAUCAGUUUUCGCUAUGUCCGCUGAUGCAAAGAAGACUAGUGAGGAAGGCGAUAAGCGCUCACUGCCAAGCAUGUCUGAUAUUCUAGAAGCUUCUAGAGCACAGAAACUGGACCUUCAACUCAAAACCCUGGGACCCUUCUUCAGGAUCACUGCCACUAGCCUCCAAACCCGCGCAGAGCUGGGAAAAGCUGAAGGCCUCAUACGAAUCUCGUUUCAAGGAACAAAGAUUCUUCACUUGGAUUCCAUGAAGCUCCGCAGGGAAACCCUCAGCAUGGAGAAGUCAAUCUUUGGCCUCGGUUUGUUCAUCGGUGCCGUCGCUAUUCGCCACGGCUACGAUUCUGGCUGCACCGCCGCUCAGUUACUCGCAAUCAAUGAUUCCGACCUUUACCAUUCUAAGUUGGUUAGGUUCUACGGCAGACUUGGAUUUAGAGAGGUGUGCCAAGUGAGUGGCUCAUCAAUUGGGGAUAUUCCACACAUGCUGGUUUGGGGAGGUGUUGGUACACGGAUGGAUGCCAGCAUUGAGGAACUCAUGCUCAAAUGGUGUACCAGAUUCAAGAAAAAUCAAAGCCCUCAAUCAUGACUGAUCCCAUUACAAUUUCCUAUGUUUUGAAGUUUUUUUUAUGUUUUUGUACAAAGAAGGCCCUAAGGCCGAAAAAUUUUUUGAAGUUUGAUUUUAAAUA